AUGUCGUCUCAGAACAACCAGAACCAACAGCCUGGCCUUGUUGCUGGACACGCCGAGUACGUAAAGGGCGUGGUUGAGUCAACGAUCGGUAGCGUGACAGGCUCAGCCCCUUGGCAGAGCUCUGGAGAGCAGACCAAAGCCCAUGCUGCUGGUAUCAUGAAAGCAGCUGGCGAGAACCGUGAUGCCUCAGCACAAGGCUAUGGCACGGUUGAGCAGGUCGCCGGCAAUUUGACCGGAUGCGAGGGCAUGCAAAAGGAGGGAGCCGAGAGCAAGAAGCCCGGGCAAUAA